CUAUAUUCAACUAAACUGUACUAAAAAAUUGUUAUAUUUAUUGCUCAACAAAAACUACCUGUCCGUCAAUGACUGAUAAUAACUGGUCAACGUAUUUCACUGCAUUCCUACUAAUAAUACCGGUGCUGCUCACGGGAACAGGAGCUACAAACGGGCGGUCAUUAUGUCUAAACACGGUAUUUGACGCGCGGGACAACGUUUUGGUAACAUAUCAGAACCACACCGUAUGGCUGACCGAUAUGAGUGCUGGCGAUCGACCAAUACUGGUGGGCACCGCAUACUUCCCGGAAGUCCGUCGCAUAGACGCCGCCCUACUUAUCAACGACACUACCGGCCCCUGCAAUGAGUUAGGCGCUCCAUGCCUGUCCCUCUAUCUCAUCGAUGGUAAACUCUAUCAUAAUCCCUGUCCUCACUAUACUACUUAA